AUGCUGGAACCCACCUACCAGGUCUGGCCUCUUCCUUCUGAGGAACCAAAGGAUUAUGCCCUCCCCAACUCCAGCUGGAGUGAAGACAUGAUGGAUCAGUUCGACAAGUUCAUGGCGAUGUCUCAAGAUGGGACAUGGCGAAGGAUCCCUUCUCACAGGCAUAUUAAGUGUAGCGUUCCAGAGAGUAUGAGGCAAAAACUGGAAGAGAAUAAUAGAGAGAUCCAGUACUUCUGCAGAAAUAUUGAUAUGGAAGGUCUGGGCUUUGAAUAUGCCAUGUUCUUCAACCAGUCACAGAAAAGGAUGGUGUGUAUUUUCCAGCCAGGUCCCCUCUUGGAGGGCCACCCUGGAAUAGUGCACGGUGGUUCUGUUGCCACCAUUCUCGAUAACACCCUUGCGUGGUGUGCCAUCUUUGAUACCUGUGGGAUGAUGGUAACUGCUAACCUCAGUGUAAACUAUAGGAGCCCCAUCCUGCCGGGCUCUGUAGUCCUGGUAGAUGGGAAAGUGGACAGAAUCGAGGGACGGAAGACAUUCCUCUGUGCCCAGGUGCAGAGUGUGGAUGGGCAGACCCUUCAUGCCGAGGGCACAGGACGUAAGGCAACAGUGGUG